AGCCGUUCCCUUCACCAUCGGCAGGCAGCAUCUGGUAAUCUGGCCACUGUCGCCUUCAGGGCUGGACCUGGAUCUCACCAUACUGCCACAGUCUCUGAAGUCGGCCGGUUACUCCACACACAUCGUCGGCAAGUGGCAUCUUGGUUUCUGCUCGUGGCAGUACACCCCGACCCUGCGAGGCUUCGACACCUUCUAUGGUUACUACCAAGCUGGAGAGGACUACUACAGCCGUAUUUGUUCACCACGUUACUUCGAGGAUGUAAUCUGCGGUGACAAGAAAAUGAGCUACGGUUACGACUUCAGGAGGAAUACAGAUGUUGAAGAUACAGACAACGGCACCUACUCCCCGUUCCUCUUCACUUCUUACGUCGAAAACCUACUGUCGUCCAGGAAUCCUGAGGAUCCCAUGUUCCUGUACUUACCAUUCCAAAGUGUUCACGCUCCUCUUCAGGUCCCUGAGGAAUAUACUGAACCAUACAGCUUCGUUAAUGAUGAAAACCGCAGAAUUAAACUCGGUGAGAAUUGUCAGUCCUUCUGUAACUUAGAAGAAAUAAUCAGAGCAACUCUCAUUGUUCAGCAGGAUAUGUUAAUAUAUAAUUCGAUAUAAAAACUUUUAUUUAGA